AAUAUUUUGCCACAAAAACACAUUAGUAUUGAUGUCGGGGACCAUUUACUUUGAUAAUAAAAUUGUAUUAGGAAUGGCGCCAAGGUGUCGCCAUUUUCAUGAAACUUUACCAAGACGGUAAAUCGAGAAGGCUGUGGGUAGGAACAAUUCCUUAAAGGGAGUGUGUGUGUCGGAAAACAGAAGGAAAAAUCGCUAAAAAGCAAGAAUAAUGUACUGGCCAGUGCAUCAAAAAGAAUAGGAUUGAGUUCAAUACACAAAAAUGCAAGCUGAAAGUAUUUGCACUAAUGAUAUUGAGGGUCUGGACUCGGACACCCUUAUUCCUGUUGAAAUUCUUUCCUGCGAUGUUUCCCAUCGUGCGAGAUCCCAAGAUGCCUUAUCGAUAGUAGAACUAGGAAAACAACUACUUUUUAGCGCAAAAUAUGGGGACACGGAUACCGUCCGUGAUCUAAUGUGCAGAGGUGCACCGUUCACUACAGACUGGCUGGGUACCAGUGCAUUGCAUUUCGCUGCACAAAAUAAUCAUACAGAUACCGCAGAGGUUUUGCUUAGAGCAGGAAUUUCAAGAGAUGCAAGGACAAAAGUUGACAGAACACCUUUACACAUGGCUGCGUACGAAGGCCAUCACCAGAUGGCACAAUUACUUCUUAACUAUGGUGCAGAUGUUGAUAGUAGAGACAUGUUAAAAAUGACUCCUUUACACUGGGCAGUGGAACGAGAACACAUAGAAGUAAUGCAUGUUUUAUUGGAACAUGGAGCAGACGCGAAUGCUACUAAUAAAUUUGACAAAACACCGAUUAGUCUUGCUUUGGAACACGACAGAUUGGAUCUGGUAGAUAUAUUGCAACAAGAGAGGGAGAUUAUAGGCAUUAGAGCUCAUCAGCAAAGUCAAGUGAGUUCAGCGGAACUAGAAGUAGCAACACAUAAUUUAAUACAAUUAGAAUCCGAAAGAGAAGAAGAACAACAGAAAUUUGAAUUGUCGCAACAACAAUCACAGCCGAGAAGGAAAAUAACACAAGUUCAAAUGGGAAAGAAGUCACGAAUGAUCUUCCAACAAAUUCAUGUUGGACCGAAUACAGAUGCCGACCAUGAAAAAGAAGUCGAAGACAUGGAUGAAAUUGCAAAUGCAAAUAAUAUUAACAGUAAAAAGCGUAAAGAUGUUACAACUGUUGGAGGAGCGAACAAACAGUUUAGGUUAUUAGAAGCUCAUGGAAUCACAAUGAUACCUGUAGAUAAUGAUUCUUCCAUUGUAGAGAAUGCCAUGGAAAGUGGAAGAACAGUCGUUUUGACAGAGGCUGGUAAACUUGCUCUAAACUUAACAAGAAACUCUUCGAUAGGAAUGAAGCGACUUCAAGUUGCUGGAAAAAAAGGAACCCCCAGGAAAGUGAUAGCGAUUAGAGCAGAUCAAAUUUUAAGUCAUAAUACACCUACUCUAACAUCCAGAGGACCAAAUAUAUUAAAAAGAUCUUCUGUGGACAAUAAGGCUGGAAAGUUAUUCAUUUCUUCGAUUUCUAAUACUGCACCCGUAUCAACGCUUACACAAUCUAAAAACUUAAUUUCUUCGCCAGAGAACAAGAUCAUUAGUUCUCCUACCAAAAUGGCAGAGCCAAUAAUUCUACAAUUAGAUGAUGAUAUAGAAGAAAUAACCGAAGAUGAUAAUACUGAUAAUAAUGAACCAGUUAUGGACAUUGCCAUACUGAAUAGACAAUUGGCAGAAGCACGAAGACAAGCAGCUGAGUACCGUAAGCGACUUGAAAAGAAAGAAGAAGAAGCGGAAAUAUAUAAACAACAACUUAAAAACAUUACAGCGCAAAGAGCAUCCAAGUGAUUUUGUAUGAGUAUAUAUUUUGCAUUAAGCUUAAUUUUAUAAGUAGCCCUGCGUUUUCUACAAAAAGCUUUUUAUGUGUACAAUUUUCAGCUUCAUAAAGCUCAAUUGGAAAUUGUAUCCCUAUACCUUAAUGUGUUUAUUUUUCAUUACAAGGCAUUGUAAUAGUACUUACGCGAGCUUACCAUUACUAACUGCUUGUUUUUGUAAAGAGUACUUGUAAGAAUCUACAAUAAUUUUCAACUGUAUUUCACAAAUACUCUCGAUACGCAUCAGAAAAUUUAAUUUUUCAUUUUAUAGGGCAUAAUCGUAAAAUAUUUAAUAUAUGCAUGCUUUGUAAAAGCUACAUAUGUUACAUGUAAUUGAAUCAGACUUAUGAAAUGUUUAAUUUGCUUUCCACAUAAUGUCUUGCAAUAAAUUGUAACGAAACUUCUGUUUCAAAUAGUACCAUCAAUUUCAGAACAAUUCAAAUAAUCUCUUUGCAUUAGUUUAAUAUUUAUUACGUUAAAUAGUUUUGCUUCAAUACUAUUCGUGAACAAUAUUUCUUCACGCUUGAUAAAAUUUUCAUACCGAAUACAUGUUGCACGCAACAUUGAAACAAAAAUCAAUAUAAAAAAGUAAAUAAUAGAUACUAGAAAAAAAAACACGUAUUUUUAACUUGUACAUGAUCUAUUUUGUACAU